CAGCUAAAACGAGGAGGCUGGCAAACUUUGCGAACGCUAAAUGUCCCGCAGCUAUGGCAGUGACCAUUUGGCAGCGCUUUCAUUCUACUUUGGGCUGUUUGACGGUUGGUCUCGUUCAAAUUGUGAAUUUGUUUUAGUUCGCGGUGGCCUUAUUGUUCUUGAAUAAAUUCGCACAUAUGCAUUCAACAGUUUAACCAAAAUUAUGACGGGCGGUAAAAGUGUCCAUAUUGACAUCGAAUUCGAGUCAGAAGUAUUUAUGCCGGAGUCAGCUUCAAGUUUACUCAGCAGCGCGAUUGAGUAUCUACUUUUUCAACGGCACCAGAUUCCCUUCGUCUUCCAGACAUUUAAAUAUAUGACUUCGAAGUGGUCGAUCCAGGAAGAUAACACAUACGAAACUUUUCAUUUGGAGAAACAACGGAGGUUGGCAUUAUCAACAUUGAAUGAAGUGAAUGACUUGUGUGAGCACAUCCGUCGAGAAUGCAAACACAACAAUAUACUUUCCGCGCGCAUAAUAUUCGGUGCUACGCCUCUCACCCCUAAGGAAAUUUAUGUCGUCAAACUUCCGAAAGUGUCCAAACAACAUUCUGUCGAUAAUCACCUAAAAUCUGUGACGACAGCUACCAACAAAGUCUUAAUGAAACUUCUGACUUGCGAGCAGCUCUAUCAAGCAUUCUCAAGGAACAUUGGCACCACGAACAUGUAUCUGGACAUUGAAACAUUAGACUCAACAAGCGGCGACUGCGAAAAUUUUCAAAUCAAGGAGGAUUUUGAUUUGUCACACAAAUGUCCGGUGAUUCAUAUCAAUCUAGUUCAUAAGACCCCAACGCUAACGGACAAUAAUUGCUGCCGUGAUAUCGCUGUAUUUGAAAGCAUAAGCGAACUUAAUUUAAGUGAGAAAGUCGAGACUGUGGAAGAGGGUGUUGUCGACAAGAAUCAAACUGAUAAUGUCCUUUGGAAGGAAGCAAAGGUCUUCAUUAGAGGAUUUAAAGACGUGUUCGUCAAAGGCCGAAGUAUAUGGGAGGAUUGAUAUUUUGUUAUUAAACUUUUUUUUAAGCAAUUUAUUUGUUAGUAAGACUGCAAUAAUUAUGUUAGCCAAAAUAUAGCUAUUUUUGGAAAAAAGUCAA